GCGGAAGGCUUCGGUUGGCGCCGAGGUUGUUGGCUCUAUGCACGGAAUUGUUCUAAAAUGACAACUUGAACAAUGAGUGACGUUUAAUAACUGACAAACAUGGAAAUGAGUGCCAUAGAUGAGCUUUAUGGAGAUCUGGACCAGGAUCGUUAUGAUUCUGGCCUGAAUUAUGAUGAAGACUCUGUGGAUAUUUACUCAGGACUGGAGGGCAGUCCCAAAAACAACAGAGGGAGCGGUAAAGAGCAAACUUUCUUCUCACCACAGAGAUUAAGAGAGUCUAUGGAUUUGUAUGAGGAACUCAUUACAAAGGAGCAAGUUGAGAAAGACGCAACUUACAGUGAGUUGAAAAGUAAGUUCGAUGCUGCUCAAAACCAAGUGCAGGAAUUGCUUGCAAAGUUGCAGCAGAUACAAACAAAGAACUCAAGUUUACACAAGGAAAACACUCUUCUUAAGAAAAACAUAUGUGCACUUAUUAAAACUGCCAAGAUGGAGAUUGUUAGGAAGGAUGAAGAGAUAAGUAAACUUAGCAAAAGAUCUAAUCGAGGCAUUUUCCAUAUAUCUGCACUAGACAGAUACCAAAAUUCAAACAAUGUCUCUGGUCUUUUAAGGGGGUCUCAGGAUUUUAGAGGGGAUGAGAGAACUAAAUGGGUAAAUAAACCUGACGAAUCAGCUGCUGGGAAGACACAACGAUGCACCAGGAGUAACACUGAGAGUACGCUGAAACGGCAUGAAAUGUAUUUGUCGUCUGUUCCCCACAAACAUUCCCAGUCUGAACAAACAUCUCAAAUCAAAGACAGAGUUAAUACAGGUUCAGAGACUGCUCCUGAGAUAACAAGGAUUAGGAAAGAUGGCAGGGAUGGCGGUAAAGAAUAUCUCACAACACACUCGAACAGUUUAGCCUCAGACCUUAAAGAAAAAGACAUUUUAGAAAAACCUCAAACAAAUACACAUAAUAACAGACCUAAAAAAGCACAGAACGAGCGUACAACAAGGAGUGCAUCCAGCAAAGUUCAACAUCAGCAAGACGACGAUCCUGUUCUACCCAGGAGAUCUGGGCGCUCAAGAAGUCCUGUCUCUCAAACACAGCUUACUUCCUCUUCCCGAAGUGACUCUCAGUCAUCCAAAGGACCAUCUAGAACGGAUACAGAGACCCUGGAUCGAAAGGAAGAUUUUCAGCACAAACAGAGAGAGGAAAAACAAAGUGGAAAGUUGGAGACAUCUGCAAAUAUAAAAGGCAGCAUUGCGGAAUCAGGUUCCUCCCUGGACAGAGCAACCGAGAACAAAGGGAACAGGGACCAUCACCGAAAAGAGGAAAGAAGGCAAGAGGAUACAAGCAUCUCGGAAAGGAGGCACACUAGAAGUGAUGGAAUGAAGCAAAGUGAGCCAAAGAAGAUGCAAGAAAGUGAAGGAAGAAUUAAACAGAGUGGAAGUAGCAGCAGAGGAGACAAAAGAAGCACCAGCUCCGACACCCGCAAAGAACAUGAGCGACGGAGUGCAAAAGAAAGCGACCGAGACUCCAAAAUGCCAAAAGAAGUCAGUGAAAGACAAACAAAAGAAGGGAGGGACAGAAGUCGUGGUGAUGUUCCUGUAAGUAACCAAAAUGCUUCUCCUGUUAAAACUGAUCAGAGGAAGGAUCAUAACAAAAGGAAAAAAUCAAGCAAAAUUGAGGAGGAGCUAUCCAGGAGCAAAGCAUCCAGCAGUCGUGAUGAUACCAGGGAUGCUAAAAGCUCUACUGCGGAGCAGUUAUCCAGGAGCAAAGUGCCCAGCAGUCGAAAUGAGUCUAGAGGUGCUAAAAGCUCUACUGAGGACCAGUUACACAGGAGCAAAUUUUCCAGCAGUCCUGAUAGUUCUAGAGGUGUUGAAGGCUCUACUGAGGAGCAGUUAUCCAGGAGCAAAGAUUCCAGCAGUAGUGAUGGUUCUAAAAGUGGUAAAAGCUCUACUGGGGAUCAGUCAUCUAGGAGCAAAGAUUUCAGCAUUAGUGAUGGUUUAAGAGGUGCUGGAAGCUCUACUGAGGAGCAGGUAUCCAGGAGCAAAGCAUCCAGCAGUCGAAAUGAUUCUAAAAGUGUUGAAAGCUAUACUGAAAAGCAGUUAUGCAGGAGCAAAUCUUCCAGCAAUCGUGAUGGUUCUAGAAGUGGUAAAAGCUCUACUGAGAAGCAGUUACCCAGGACCAUAUCUUCGAGCAGUCGUGAUGAUUCUAGAGGUGCUGAAAGCUCUGCUGCCCAUGCCAGGCAUUCAACCACUGUUGAGCACAGUGCCAAAGAUAAAGGUGCAUCCACUGACUCUGAGAAAGGCAGAUCAAAAAGUGACAGAUGUUCUAAAAAGUCUAUGAGGUCUUCAUCCUCUGAAAAAUCCAAAACUGUCAAGGAUAGUCAUGUUUCUGAGAGUUGUCAGACAGACCGCCAAAGCACAAAAAGGAAGUCUUCAGGGACAUUAACCAGCAGCUCUGACAUGCCCACCAUGCCGGAGGAGGGAAGUCCAAAUAGAAAAUUAUCUUUCAUGGAAACUUUAAACCUCACUUUGUCACCAGUUAAAAAUCAAAACCUGCACACACUUAAAGAGCCAGGUAAGCCAGAUGAGGCCCUUGUUAGCAAUUCAUUCGAGGACCAAGUCUCAUUUGAGCUUGGAGAAGAAUUCUGUGUCAUUGAUGAAGCCGAAAACUGCCAAGAGUCCAUAGAUGCUAUGGAGGACUCUGCAGUUACAACAGCUGGUGCUCUGCCACUUGAACAUAGCAAUACCAGCAUCCAGUGUAAUCAGGGCCAAGAUGUACCCACUGGUUCUACAGAGCCAGAGCCAUCAAUAUGCCAAGAUGUAAAAGUCAAUGAAAAAGACCUGGAAGUCCUUAACAGUUUGGAUGGUGACAUGUCAGCUAAAGCUAAAACUUUGAGUAUGGAUUCAGAAAUGCAAGAAAUGGAAUUCAUUACAAAAGGGAAUGAUUUAAAUAAAUCAGCUACCGGCAUCUGUCCAACAUUGCCUCAAAGUGUGGUUAAUAACACUGUGGUUGCUGAAGCUCCUUUAACAGAAGAAUCUGAGCCAGCUGAUAGACCUGUUCCCUUAGGUAACCUGUGCCAGGAACAAGACCCCAUUCUUGUGUGGAACCAACAAGAGGAGCAAACUACUGGUAGUAGGAAUACAAGUGAAGAAAACCUGGUAGAUAAUAAUCCAGAGUCGAAUUCUGCACCAUCAGUUCAGAGUGACAUGUUUGGGCAGGAAGUGUCCAUCUCUGUCGAAGUAGACGCAACCUCAGAGACUUGUUCAAUUGUUGAUUCCUCUGCUUCUUUGGAAGUUGUCUCCAGCACUAUCGGUGUAGAUGUCAAUCCUCAAAGCAAAGCUGCUUGUACAGAUAAACCAACGGUUAUGAAUAUGAAUAUCUCAAGAGACCUUGAGAAACCAAUAGAACCGUUGGAAAGGUCACUGGCAGAGACACUCAGUGUUGGCACCACUAUAAGGGAAGAUAAAAUUCCAUCUGAACAAGCAAGCUCCUCCGAGCCGGAUUCCACAGAGGAUGAGAUGAAUAACUCAAAGCCUUCAGGUUCAGUAGUUGUACAGCAUGAUGAAGAUUCUAUGAUGCUGACCCUGAGCAACAUCAAAGUAAUUCCUGAAGCUAUAAGUCCUCUAACAAGUCCGGUCCGCCAGAUAAAGAAAGUCCAGCCGCAAUGUUUGGGCAAUGAGCAACAUGUCAAGUGUCUUAGCAAAGAUUUUUCAACUUGCACCACCGAUAAAACUGCAACCAAGAUGGACAUGAACAAGGAGAAUAAACGGCCUCUUUCGCCAGUAAUGCCUAGCACACUUGAAGAUCAGCAAGAGGCUCUUACCUCUACUGCUACUCAAGAAGCACUGGAAGAAGGAGAAAUAAUCAGUGAGAGUGAUGAGGAGAGGGCUCUGGUCAUUCAGAGUCCUCCAGUCAGAAAAAGAUCAUCAUCAAGGAUUCAGUCCAGUCCCAAAUCACCAAUUUUGAAAAAAACUAAUCAAAUAAAAACUGCCGUUACUCCCAACCAUUGCGAACAAGGGAAAAAUACAACUCCUACUUCUACGGACAGCCCCACUUCCAGUAAAAGGCGAUUCAAAACGGUUACCGUUCCAUCCAAAGCAGCUAUUUCAUCCACUGUUGAGUUUAUGAACACGUUAUCAUAUAUUCGGUCAGAGCUUAGGAGAAAGUACAUGAAACUCCAUAGAAAUGUCACCAAAACAGCUUUUUGUGGCAUCAUCGAUAUGUCACUCGCCUCUUUCACAGAAUUUGUAGACACCGUUAACUUCCACAAGUUUUGCUCCCAAGAAAAGGAAAUCAAACCCAGGGUCAAUAAGAUCAUUGCGAAUGUCAUGAGCAAGGUCUCCAACAAUGGCAUCGUGAACCGCAUCUUUGAGCAGAGAGCCGAUGAUCUGAAGCAGAAGCUCUGGAAUUUUGUGGAUGGACAGUUUGAUUUCCUCUUUAAGGAGGUAAAAGCAGCACUUAAGAGUGUGUCCGAUCAUUCCAGGUUCAAAACUUCAAAUCCUAGAGAAACAGAGGAUUUGACCCCGGCAGUUUGCAAGAUUCAACGUAAAGAACCUCUCAGCAUGGCUGAAAACAUACCGCAUACAAACCAGACCACUACAUUGCACAGCUUGCCGUUUAAAGGCCGAGGUUUAGGCAGCAGUGGUAAAAACAUAAAGGCCACCAUGGAGGAUGGAGCUAAGUUGCCAGAUGAACAAGCAUCUGCGGUUUUGUCCUUGGAAAAGUAUAUUCCAGAAACCGCUCCUGUCCAGGAGCAAACGCCCACCUUCGCUCGCCGUCUUUCUCACAAUGCAUCAAUACAGGACAGAUCAGACUUUGAGAUUCUCACAGAGCAGCAGGCAUCAAGCCUGACCUUUAAUUUGGUAACUGAUUCCCAAAUGGGAGAUAUAUUCAGGUGCCUCUUGCAAGGGUCCGACCUGCUGGAGGCUAGUGUCUCGUUAGGUGAUAAUCAAAACUGGCCAUUAAACACUCCACGUAAGGAAGGUAUGUCUGCGGAAAGUCUGAUUGGAGUCAUGACACCCAGCAAGAUUGUAACACCGUUAAAACUUGGCAUGACAUGGGCCCCCGUUUCUCCAUAUAAAUUUACCUCCCCAAACAGCAAGUUUCAAAUGUCUGUAAAUCCAGCACUCCUUGACGAAAGCUGCUUGCUGGAAGUCCCAUCUAAUGCUCUUCCAAACCAAGCUCUUCCUGCUUUUACUUCAGUAAACUCUCACAAGUCCUACUCCAUUCUGGCCGACGAUUUAGCUGUCUCUCUGACCAUUCCCUCACCCUUGAAGUCGGAUGACCACUUAAGCUUUUUGAACCCUGCGAAUGUAAAAAUGCUGUCCACACCAAGCAACAUUAUUAGCGCUCACUACAGUGAGGAUGCACUUCUCGAUGGAGAAGAUGCUACUGAGCAAGACAUUCACCUGUCUCUCGAUACAGACAACUCAAGCUGCACGUCAAGUACAGGGGGAGCCUGGGAGGCUCAAAAUUCAGCAGUGUUCCAGGUUAAACCAAACUUGCCCAUGCAAGCAGAGGUAAUGGAGAGGUCCAAUGAUCACUUUAUUGUGCGGAUCAGACAUGCUGGGGUUCACGGUGAACCAACGCAGGAAGCAGAAUCCAAGGCAGUAUGUCAAGAAGACAAAGCGUCAGCAUUCCCUGGCAGUGCUACGUCCAUGGCUGCUCAGCCACUGGCAACCUCAAAUUGUCAAAGUGAAGCUCAAAUUUCAAUUAACCAUUUGUUCAAUGGUGAUUUUGAAGGAGACGAUUCUGCCAACUUGCCUCAAACCUGUGAAAACCAAGCUGAGCAAGCUACUGUUGACCCUAAUGCCACUAGGGACACUGCAUCCACUGAUCCUGCUAUCUCACUUACCUCAGCUGAUGGUAAAACUACUUCUGCCACUGAAUCCGAAGACAACGUCUUUGACGGCCUGCCUGAAUGCCACAAAAAAACCAGGAAGCGAAAGAAACAUCAUUCAGGUUCAAAGGCAAAACGCUCCAGAAGAGAGAGAUCGCAAGACGGACAUGAAAAAGAACGACACAAGAAGAGGUCAAAAUCUUCCAAGGAAAAAAGCCAUAAAACUCAUUCUAAGAAGAUUCCAUCACCAAGUCCUCAGUUGUCCCCAAACAGUCUUUCCGCCAAGAAUAUAAUCAGAAAAAAAGGGGAAGUGGUGGUGACUUGGACCAGGGAGGAAGAUCGAGAUAUUCUUGUUGCACUUAAACUGAAAGGACCAUCAUCGAAGACAUUUGCUGCCCUCUCAUCCAAGUUAAGAAAGUCACAAGGACAGAUUGAGGAGAGGUUCAAUCAGCUAAUGAAACUGUUUAAGAAGAAAGAAAAGCUGGAAAGCUGAGCCAAUCUCUCUUAAAUCUGCACAAGACGAUCAAGUCUUGUUGUUCUGGGAGCCGGGACGGUGCACAAGCCACCGGCGCAGAUGUCGAAAACCAGUCAGUUGUGCUUGUUAGAGGAUUCUGUCAGCUUUUUGUGAAGGCAAGUGCUGAGAAUCCAGUAGUUGUUAGGAGCUUCUGUUACCAGUUUCAGGAACUUACUGCCUGUAAAUGUAUUGUCGAUGGUGUUUGAUCUAUUGAGAAACAGAGAUUUAGGUGAUUAUUUUUUAGUUUUUUUUGUAAGGGUGGAAGUCUUGCAGGACCACCCUUGAUCUCAUAAGAAAGAAAAAACCCAGGAAGGUCUUGCUCACAGCUUGCACACUUAUACCCACGCUAACCACUGCUUUCUUUUUAAUUGGACAGUUUUGGCAAGCUUACAGUCGAUUUUCUGGCUGCAUUAAGAACCACAUGUUCAUGUACAAAAUGUUAGUAAUGAUAUAAUUGUAAGUGUAGUAAUUUCUUACAAUGAUUAAGAUGACAUGUUUGUCAUUGCUAGUUCUGCAACCUCUGACUUCACAAGCAUUUGUUUGGCCCAAUUUAAAAGUAAUCUCUCAUUCUUCUAAACGUCUGUUCCUGUGUGGCUCUACACAACCAUGAAGGCAAAAGCCACCAGGGUUUUUUUCAUAGAGGCAGUUUGUUGACUGCCCAGACACACACUGGAGUCGUUUUGUCUUCUGAUAUCUACCUCUGAGAGUCUGGUAUAUGUCUGCAUCAAGAAGUAAAAUGAUCAAGUGGUACACAGCGUACCUGUACGACAAUUGUGUUGGAUCUUUUCAUUGUACAGUUAAAACCCAAAUUACUUGUCCAGGCGACAGCUGAAUAAAUAGAAGCAUUUUUUUUAAACAAGUUCAUAAUAGUAUCUCAAUAUUACAUAAAAGUGUUGCUGUUUGUUGUCUCUCUGCCUCCUUAAUAUUUUAGCCCUAGAAGAAUCUUAAUUUCCAUGAUUCUCAAAAUAUUAAGCCCCAUGGCUUGCUUUGUGCAUAUUGAUUAAUACGAGUUUUUUUUAGUUCUUUAAUACUUCUGUUUUAUUUUAGUUUGUUUUUGUUCUAAAAGCAGUAUGAAAGAUGGCGUUCUCUGAAAUUUUUAUUUCAAAUAAAUAUAUUGUAAAUAUUGUACAUUGUGGGAAGCUUUUUCACUUUUAAAA